AAGAAAAUGUCAUUUGUCAGAUGGAGUCAGCUGACUGUCUUAUGAUAAAUUUCAAUUUUUGAUAAAAUUUUCUGUCGUCUUGUGAGUUCGGUGGGUGAAGUGUUAAGUGUGAGAUAAAUAAUCACUAAAAUGUCGAAACUACCCAAGCUUGGCGAUGAGGAACGAGAAGGGCAGUAUGGAUACGUCCAUAUGGUUUCAGGUCCAGUCGUUACUGCUGAAAAAAUGAGCGGAUCUGCUAUGUACGAACUGGUCAGAGUAGGAUACCAUGAACUAGUAGGCGAAAUUAUUCGUCUUGAAGGUGAUAUGGCCACUAUUCAGGUUUACGAAGAAACAUCGGGUGUUACUGUUGGUGACCCCGUAUUGAGAACAGGCAAACCCUUGUCAGUGGAAUUGGGUCCCGGUAUUAUGGGUUCAAUUUUUGACGGUAUUCAACGUCCCUUGAAAGACAUUAAUGACUUGACUCAGUCCAUCUAUAUUCCUAAGGGUAUCAACGUACCCUGUUUAUCAAGAACAGCACAAUGGGAAUUUUCCCCAAUCAAUAUUAAGCUUGGCUCCCACUUAACUGGUGGCGAUAUAUACGGAAUAGUCCAUGAAAAUACACUGGUUAAACAGAAAAUGCUUCUGCCACCUAAAGCAAAGGGUACAGUUCGAUUCGUAGCUGAACCGGGCAAUUAUACAGUCGAUGACGUCGUUCUUGAAACAGAAUUUGACGGGGAACGUACAAAAUACACCAUGUUGCAAGUAUGGCCUGUGCGUCAGCCAAGACCUGUGAGCGAAAAAUUACCAGCCAAUCACCCGCUGCUUACUGGACAGCGUGUCCUAGAUUCUCUGUUCCCUUGUGUACAAGGAGGAACUACUGCCAUUCCUGGUGCUUUCGGUUGUGGAAAGACUGUAAUUUCGCAGGCUUUGUCGAAAUAUUCUAACUCUGAUGUCAUUAUCUACGUCGGUUGUGGAGAAAGAGGUAACGAAAUGUCUGAAGUACUUCGGGACUUCCCCGAAUUGACCGUUGAAAUCGAAGGAGUGACAGAAUCUAUCAUGAAACGUACAGCUCUAGUUGCCAACACCUCUAACAUGCCUGUAGCUGCCAGAGAAGCUUCUAUUUAUACCGGUAUUACUUUAUCUGAAUACUUCCGUGACAUGGGUUACAACGUUUCCAUGAUGGCUGAUUCCACUUCCCGUUGGGCCGAAGCCUUGAGAGAAAUCUCAGGUCGUUUGGCUGAAAUGCCUGCCGAUUCGGGUUACCCAGCUUACUUGGGUGCCCGUUUGGCCUCCUUCUACGAACGUGCCGGUCGCGUUAAGUGUCUGGGUAACCCGGACAGAGAAGGUUCCGUCUCCAUCGUAGGUGCCGUAUCGCCACCUGGUGGUGACUUCUCCGAUCCCGUCACUUCAGCCACUUUGGGUAUCGUACAGGUGUUCUGGGGUUUGGAUAAAAAAUUGGCCCAACGUAAGCACUUCCCCUCAGUCAAUUGGCUGAUUUCCUACUCUAAAUACAUGCGUGCUCUUGACGAUUUCUAUGACAAAAACUUCGUCGAAUUCGUACCACUUAGGACUAAAGCCAAGGAAAUUCUACAGGAAGAAGAAGAUUUAUCUGAAAUUGUACAGUUGGUAGGUAAAGCCUCAUUGGCUGAAACCGACAAAAUUACUCUUGAAGUGGCCAAGCUACUUAAAGAAGAUUUCUUACAACAGAAUUCAUAUUCUUCAUACGACAGAUUCUGCCCAUUCUACAAAACAGUUGGUAUGCUUAAAAACAUGAUUGGUUUGUACGACAUGGCGAGACACGCCGUCGAAAGCACCGCGCAAUCAGAGAACAAGAUCACCUGGUCAGUCAUCAGAGAUUCCUUGAACAACAUCCUUUACCAGUUGAGCAGUAUGAAAUUCAAGGACCCGGUCAAAGACGGCGAGGCCAAGAUCAAAGCCGACUUCGACCAAUUGUACGAAGAUAUCCAGCAAGCCUUUAGAAAUCUGGAAGACUAAGAAGCGUCCGAAAAAGUUGAGAUGAUUUUCUUUCUCUGGGCCUUCUAAAAUAACGCCUAUAUCCUCACUGUGUAGUUUUUUAUUUAAAUUGUAUCAUAAAUGUUGAUCGUAAUUGUUGCAUAUAAUAAGCCAAUUCAAAGAUAUUAUUGUACAUUUCGUUGUUGAUAGUUAAGUGAUAAAGCUUACCAUAGAUUUUCGUAUCAAGUUUGUAGGUAGCCAGGUGAGGGUAAAACUUAAAAAAAAACAUUUAUCUUACAAUUUUUCCUCCAUUCCAAUUUAUAGUUAGGAAAGUGUCUUUAUUAUCUUUGUUUUUAUUUGUACACACGGUGCUUUAUUAAGUUUAAUCCAGUAUUAUCCUAAACGUUUUUUUUUGUUUUUUUUCAAAUCAAUUUUAUUUUUUAAAAAGCGGCUGUAUAUUGUACAUCAUUUUACCAUGUUUUUAAAAAUGUAAAAAUGUUUAAUGCGAAAUAACAAUAAUUUUAUUUUAGAUUGUUAAGUGUAGUGCAAUUUUAUUGUUCUAUUUUGAACUAAAUAAAAGCAUUAUUGUUCAU